CCAGCCUGAAAACCCCCACCUCAAUGAGCACAAACUUCUUUCAAUUUUUUGGAGGGCAGAAAAAGGUUACCCGAGAUGGCCAACCCGCCAAACGACGAGGUCCCAAGCCAGACAGCAGGCCUGCCUUGACACGACGACAGGAACUGAAUCGGCAGGCACAAAGAACCCACCGCGAGCGCAAAGAGCAAUACAUCCGGUCCCUGGAAACUGAAGUUUCCCGACUCCGGGAGGCUUUCACUCAGGAGAUGUCUGCAGCGAACCUUGCCGUUGUCCAGCAUCGAGAAAUGCUACAGACGGUGAACGAUGAGAAUACGAUCUUGAAGGAACUUCUUACCGCACAUGGGGUUCAAUUUGAGGCGGAGUUGGAGCGUCGCAGGGCGGAACGACGCUCAGCAGGCCGAGGUUUCCAGUCGAGCCCGUUGGCCGGCAGUAGUGUGGUAUUCCAGGCGCCGGCAGCACCAGCAGCCUCCAACGGCAACACCUAUACCACACCACCAACCACAGUAUCGAACGUCUCGUCAGACGUGAGUCCUCUGGCAACCAAUCUCGAUCUAUCGGCCAUUGCUCGAAAUCAAGAACCUGUCCAGGCUGUUGGGGGUGUAUUCGAGGUGGACCCCCAGCUUCAGAUCGAUUUUAUACUCACAUUGGAAUCCCCAUGCCGCGAACACACCGACUAUUUGUGUCGAAGAUCUGUCACCGAAGCAGACGACGAGGACAUGCCAUUCUCAGGCCACGCUCUGAUGGCCACCUGCCCCCGCCGACAAGCCUAUCCACACAAGACCUACGAUCUUCCGCAUGCAAACCUGACAACUCUACUCAAUCUCAGCCGACAGCUAGUGACAGAGGGCCAGAUCACCCCAAUCAUGGCGCUGCAAUGUCUGAAGAACCACGAACUGUAUCGCACCCUGACCAAGGAUGAUGUCAAGAUCAUCAUCGAGACGCUCAACACCAAAGUACGAUGUUACGGCUUUGGAGCCGUUGUCGAAGACUUUGAGCUCAUGGACUGUCUAAGCAGUGUCCUGGGGUCCAAGGUGGAUACCAGGUUCUCCUGCUCGGGCGACGAUACGAUGUACUCGUGA